GCCACUUUGUCUUUUUGAACCUGUAGGUAUCUUGUGAAUGUUGCACAAUCCCUAAUUUCUCAGGGACAACUUCCACGCCCUAAGAGUGUCCAAAGGCCGAAAUGUUCUCCAGCACAACAACCCGUUUGAUAUGGACUUUGUUGGUCUUUUCUCUACUGGCCACGGCAGUGUGCAGACAUGGAGCAAACGCCACAGUUUUCAACUCCAACCUCACAUCCAACCCAUCGCUCCGACAGCAAUGCCCAAACCUGACCUCCUUUCAACGGUCCUCAACCUCGUCUCAAGCAGCUUGUCCCGGCCUCCUAGGAAUUUUUCCAGAAAACAACACCCCCAUCGAACACUUUAACCUGCCCUGGUCCUUUCCGCCCAAAUGCAUGUCCGUCCGAUCUUCAGCCGCCUCCUCCGCGUCUUCUUCUCCAUUCUUUGGUUGCUCCCGUCCCCCCGCAGAUAAAUGCAGCACAGCCGAAAACGCAUACUGCUUGUUUUCCUCUCAGAACUUCCGAAACGGGCAGGGACUCAGCCUGAUCGUUUCAACCACCGCGGCCGCAAACCUACUAGGCAUGGGGGCCUUGAAUGACGGUCUAGCUCCUUGGACUUCUCAUGUUCGAAAGCAGCGGGAAAUGCCGUACCAGAUUACGGACGUGAAGGGAAAGGGGAACGGGGUAGUGGCCACAAGGCCCAUCAAACAAGGGGAGAUCCUCAUGGUGGAUGUCCCGGCUUUGUUGAUAAGUGAAGAGUUCUUGAGGGAAACUGAACGAGAGGGGAAGGGGCAUCUGAGAAGACGGAUGGUAAAGAGGGGGCUGGAGCAAUUGCCGGAAAGCACGAGACGCAACGUGUUGGAGCUGCAAAAGGGACCGGGAAGUUACGAGAUCGAUGCGAUCUUGGGGAUCAACCUCAAGGGACUAGGAGGUGAUCGUUUAGAAACGGACUCGGCACUGGCACUGCUGGAGGAACAAGAGUCGGAGGAGUACGGGGAGGGCUACGCGGCGGAGGGAAUGAUGGGGUUGUUUGUCGAGGUUGCGGUAGGUUUCGAGGAUUGACGUCAAAAAUGGCAGGAGAUGCUGACUGAAUGACCAGCGGAUCAACCACUCCUGCCGACCAAACGCUCGCCUCCGAUUCUCCAAGAACCGACUCACCAUGGAAGUCAUAUCCUACCGGCCCAUCUUUCCAGGGGAAGAGAUUCUCAUCAGUUACACCCCCCUCACCCUCCCCCCCUCGGACCGCCAUCACUUUCUCCAACAAACCCACCACUUCACCUGCCACUGCCCGCUCUGCACUUCUCUGUCCGAUGAC